AUGGUGCAGAGUUGGACGGCAGAUGGCUCGGCUCCAAGCUUUCAGGAUCCGGUCGGCUUUGCCAAAAAGGAACAGGUGCCGGAGAAAAUGCUGGGAACUCUCACUGCUGUGCCCAUCAAGGUGCCUCAAGUCAGCUCGCUGCACCGGCUGGCAGGACAAGCAGCCACUGUGCUACCUCAGGUCAGGCCAAAGACCCAGAUCCCCGACAGCCUUCCCCACAGUCCCUGCCAGGAUCUGCAGCCGCUCAGCCUGCAGAGGGCCACGGCCGUGGUGAGUCCUAAGAGCCAGGGCCCCACGCUGCCCACCGCCAACAGCACCUUCAGCCCGGACCACCAGCCCAACGGCCAGAACGACGCCCGCCGCCCCCCUCCGCCCCCCCACAGCCUGUCCGCGGGCCCCGACUCCAGCAGCCCCCCCCAGCACGCCUCUGCAGGGACCGGCGUGGCGUACGCCAUCAUCGCCGCUUCUCCCGCCACCGGAAACGGGGUUUCCCCCGUCAGCGAGGCCGUUAAGGUAAUAAUAAUCCAGCCUCAGGCCCCCAGCAGCACUGAAGGGUCACCAGGGGCCCCGGCUGACCUGCCGUCACAGGAAGUCCCGCCCACUCUGACGUCCCCGAAGAAAGACGAAGAUCCAGAGAAAAUUGCCUUCAUGGUCGCCCUCGGCCUCGUCACCACAGAACAUCUGGAAGAGAUCCAGACGAAGAGGCAGGAGAGGAAGAGGAGAAGCACCGCCAACCCGGCUUACAGCGGCCUGUUUGAACCAGAGCGGAAACGUCUGGCGUCACAUUACCUGAACAGCUCGCUCUUCCUGUCGGCACGAGACUCUGAGGAUUUCUGCUGGAAGGAGGACUUGGAGCAUGACGACCACUGUGCCAUCUGUAAGGAGGACGGCGAGCUGCAGCCCUGCCACAACUGCCCCCGAGCCUUCCACCCCAACUGCCUCCACCCGCCCCUCAAAACCCCCCCCAGAGGGCCCUGGUACUGCCCCAAGUGUCAGAAGAAGGUUCUGAACAAGGAGAACAUGUCGUGGCCUCAGAACUUUGUUCAGUCCUACGUUACACACAAGACGGUGAGGCAGGAGGAGAAGCGACGGCUGCUGAGACGAAACAACGAGCUGAAGAAAGAGUGCGCUCACCUGGAGGAAGAAGACCAGAAGCUCAAGAUGACGCUUCAACAGUGCAUGGAUGUGAGGGAGCGACUCGUGGACCAGCAGAGAGACACGCAGGCGUCGCUCGAACGCCUCAAAGCUCUCAUCAGGCUGAUCCAGCGCGACCAGGUCAUCCAGGUCACCAUGACGACCACCACCACCAUCCCCGCCUCCUUGCUCUCCCAGUCCUGGAUCAAACCCACCAGCACCGCGCUGCCGCCGGCCCCGGGCCCCUCGGCACCGGCCCCCGCCACCGCCGUCACCACCGCCGCCGCCGCCACCACCACCACCACCGCGCCCCUGCAGAAGAGCCACAGCCAGGACGACGUCAUCAACUAG